AUGCUCCUGCCGACUCUCCGCCGCAGCAAGCCGGAGCUCGAGACCAGCCCCAGCCAGCGGGGCCUCGGCAAGUGGGAGGACCUCGCACGCGCAGACUCCUCGUCUGCCUCGCACACGCGCUUGCCCGGUCACAUUGCCCACCCAAAGCCCAGCGGCGCGGUGUGCUCCCCGCGGUGGAUCGACGACAAUGCCACCCCCGGCAUACAGCGCUACCGCACCGGGGCUCAGCUCGCCGCCUUCGCCGCCGUCUGCGACCUCCGACGUGACUGUCAGCGGUGGGUUCGACACUUCUCCCAAUGGAGCUGGUUCACCCUUGGCUCUUGUGCCUUCCUCUGA